GUUAGUGGAAGUUGUCAAACACUCUUAUAGAUUUAGGUCUGAUAAUGGGUUUACUUUGCUUUAUUUCACAUACUUCAAUUUUCGUUAUGUUCAGUUCUAAAAGACGUAUACUUGAUGGGAGAUUAAUGUAAUAUGUCCAUUGUUAUGCGGACGUAUGAAUAAAGAAAGCUUAUCGGAAAAAGCCAUUGACGUAAUAGCUGGGAACCGAAGCCAUAACAACAAUAACAUGAUGAACACAGUCGCAUGCUUAUUUUUUUUCACAGUAGUGUCGAAUGGUGUAUGCGGUUUGGAUUUGAGUCGGAGAAAUAAAACAGAACUUUUUCGUCGCAUUAUAAGCGCCGAAUGUGCAGAGUUUGGAGAAGUGGUACAUGGAACAGUUUCCAAAAUCAAUGCAACUAGUGUCCAAGGCGUACAUAUAGAAUGUGACGAAGGAUAUGAUCUCACUGGUGGGCCGAAAGUAUUGUGUAAUGAUGGUCGGUGGGAUGCAGCCCCUCGCCCUAUGUGUGCUAAACGGUGCAAACCACCACCGCUGCUGCGCGAUGGAGGAGUCAGCGUCGAAGCUCGCCAAGACGGCCCUAACAGCUACCGACACGGGACAAAGGCUAUCUACAGCUGUGGGGUGGGGUUUCAGCUUUCACCACCUGGCAGUCACAUUCGCUCUUGUCACGAUGGUGUGUGGACGGGACUGGCUGCCACGUGUGUUUCGAACGGGUGCCCGCCACCACCGUCGGUGGCCGACGGCUACCACGUGCUCGAACCCCUGAGCCCUGCUGCGGUGCCAGUGGUGCCGCACACCGACAACGAGGGGCGGAUCGUGGUGAGUGUGGAGCAGCGAGUCCACUACAGCUGCAACGUGGGCUACACUCUGCAGGGGCCGGCAAGCCUCCAGUGCCUCGCAUCGGGCCAGUGGAAUCCUCGCCAGCCUCCCAAGUGUGUGCGCCAGUACGGACCGCCCACAGAGCCUCCGCCACCGCCACCUCCGCCUCUGCCCGGUAUGGAUAUGGAUGCCGACAAAGAAAGAAUUUCAGCACAUGUUGCACCCGAGCUGCCACUGCCGGUUUGCCCGCCGGCCCCAACUCUGCACCACACACAGGUGUCCGUCCUAGACGGGCCACAGACGGCCAACAAUGCGGGUUCGGGUGCUCGGCUGGAGGUGAGGUGCCGCGAAGGCUACCGGGAUCCCGCCGCACCCUGCGUGCCAGCCGUGCUGUACUGUGAGCAGGGUUCCUGGGUGGGCUCACUGCCGAUCUGCGAACCAGUUUCAGACUGUCCACCACCACCGUAUGUGCAACACGGCACUCUGACACCACUGCCACCGAGAGAAUCGUCAUAUCCUGUGGGAUCAUCUGUUAGCUACAGCUGUGCCACCGGUUAUUUUCUUGAAGGCGAAAGAACUUUGACCUGUGCUGCUACUGGCUGUUGGGAACCGGCCACACUGCCUUCCUGCAAACUUGAAGAGCAGCUUUACGCACUUGCCGGCUGCCCGCCUCCACCGCUCGUGGAGCACAGCACGAUGUCCUCGCCGACGUCGGAGACUUCGUACCCCGUGGGGUCGUCGGUGAGCUACAACUGCUUCCAAGGCUACGUGCUGGAGGGGGAGCACAUCAUCACCUGCAAUCCCUCCGGCCUCUGGGAGCCUUCCCCGUUGCCGACGUGCAGAGCUGAUCCACAACCUUACGCCUACCUGAGUACAUCGAGUGUGCUGCUCGUGUCCCUCGCGGUAGCCCUUGGCGUCUCACUCAUCCUGCUUGUGGUCUGUGUGGUGGUGGUGUGUCGCCACCAGGGGCCCAAGACACGCCCUGGAGUUCCGUCACCCUCGUCGUCAACUGGAGGAGGCGGAGGCCAUCGCGGUGGCUGUGGCGGACCACCUGGUUCUCUUGGCGGGCCACGCCACUCUUCUCCGACAGGAUGCGUUGCCACAUCUGGAGGUGUACUGCAUGACCCAGACAGGGUCGCCCUUAUCGCAUUUGCUGAUGGAGUUCAGUUGGGAGAGUCGACAGCUCUUCCGACCUACGAAGAGGCGGUGCGUGGGUGCGAUCGCAGCAUGGCUGGCGUCGGUGGCACGGUGGGGGGCGGAGGCACCUCCCUGAGUGCGGGUGGCGGCCAGGGCCACCGCGGCCACGGGCGCGGCCACUGGGCGGGCCUGGGGUCGGGCCGCCGGCCGGUGCACGUGACACGCCAGUCCUCCAGCACGUCCCAUACGGCCUCCCUGAGGAGCGGUUCUGCAGCCGGCGACUCUAUGGGCUCUACAGACACCAUGACACCCAGCGAAGUUUCGACAACUGUGACACUAGACACAGUGUCAUCACACACGUGCAGUAGCGGCGUCAGUGGCAGUGGCAGCGGUAGUGGCGGAGCAGCGAGCUGCCGUGCUAUCUGUGGCAGCCUCGCCUCGUUUGACACCAGCUCCGCACUCAAUACUGAAGGUGUUCCACUUCUCGAGGAAAGUGAACUGGAGGAGGCCGACCUCUCUGGCCCGUGCAAGCGCCGACGCCCGUCACCGGACCCGCCGGGGGUCGCCUGAUGCAGGGUUCACGGGGGGCGGUACUCGCCCCCCUUGCCGCCCCUGUGCCCACUCCCCGUUCCGCCGCCACCGCCUCCGCGCAGGCUGCGCAAGUUGUAAGUCUGGCUCCUGGGCACACGGGAUAGGCUAGAGUUCCCGGACCCUCGGGGACGGGCUCAGCAGUAGGAAGUGUAAUGGCUGCUUGUUGUCACCCAACUUAUCUGUCUCCACGGCAUUCCAAAGCUACAAGACUCCCGAGUUUCGUAAUCUAAUGCAGUACACAGAAGUGUGUAAUAUGAAAACCAAAUUCUUGUUUAUUCGCUUAAAAGAAAAAAAAAAAAAACGGGAUGGCUCUUGGGAACUGAGAGUAAAUUAUUGCUUUUCUGUCAUCCUGUGUUAGCUCUAAUCAAAUUCUUGUUUGUUCCUGUUACUAUAAUUUUUUAUUUACAUGUGGUGUGUAUUAUUCUUUCUCCAUGACUUUUAGUUGUUAACUGUCAGAAAGAUCCUCUUUCAGACUGUGGAUCAUUUAUGUUGAUCGGUUAUCAGAAAUUAAUUGUUAAGAAUAUUUUCUGUCUUUUUAAUGUACACUACCUCAUUUUGGAUCUGGAACAACAUACAGUGUUCGAAUGAACAUAUACAAUCUAAUAAUAGUUGCAACUGUAUAUAAAUAUAUCCUAUGCAGUUUCAGGUCCGUGCAUAAAAAAGAAAAACAAAUUGAGGAUUGAUCCUAGUUAUUAAAGAUCUGAGGAGAAAAAGGAAAUAAUCAGGAAAGGCAUAUUUCUAUAGUAUAUAGCAAAAUGGAUAUAUAAUAUGCACUAAUCAGAACUGAAAGAUCAAAAUACUUGAAGCACACUUUUAAUGAUGUUUCCUGCAUUGAGAAUCUGUCGUCCAGUUUCCUCUGUUACCACCCUUCAACUGUUCCAGCUAUAGCACUGAAGUCUCCAGUGAACCUUGCAUAGAGGAAGAAAAGUCUUAGAAAAACAAUAUAUUAUUUAUACCAUCAGGUGUAUAAUUGUAGGUAUAUUUUGCCUUGUUUUCUGUCCCUGCAUCAGUUACCAUAUCACACAUCUUUUAAAAGCUCAUGAGACUGCGUCACAUCCUAUAAUGGUGUGACUAACUCCUAUUAUACUGUCAGAAAACGUUUACAGUGUAAUGUAAAUCCCUCCCUGCCCUAUUAGAAGAAUUUAUAACUUUAAUUGAAAGUUUAAAUCUUGAUAUUGUCUCUGCAACAAAAACUGUUAGCAUUUAUAUUAGUAACUUUGUCAUAGUUAAGUGUUGUGAAAGUAUAAAAUUAUAAAACCUGUGGUAAUGUAUUAACCAACAUUUAAGUCAAUUAAGUGAAUUUUUGACAUUACCUUCAUGAGAGCAGGCUUUUUCUUUUAAAAAACAGAAAAGGCAUAAAAUUGUUGGUUUAUCGCGUUGUUGGAUAAUAGGACAUAUACUGGUUUCAGUCACAGUGAGAAAUAAUGAAGGAAGGAUAAACUAACUCUUCUUUAGCUGCUGAGGCAUUAAUAAUUGCGCAAAGGCAUGUGUGUCAUAUUAUAUGGUAAAAUGCAGGAUAAUGUAAACAAAUGUUAUGACUUUGUAUGCACUAUUCAAAAUGCUGAUAUGUCAUUUAUCAGAUCUGUAGAUAUUUAGAAGGCUUCUUUAUUAUGUGGGAGUUAUCUUAAAUGUUCUGUGCAACAUUGUUGGUCAGAAAUUACUACAUAGUACAAUCUCGUAGUGUAAAUUUAGUUAGUUACUCAAUAUGGAUGUUGUAGGUCAGUAUAUGAGCACUUAGGUGACUUGUUAUAUUUAUUGCUGUUAAAUCACUCUGUCCAUAAUGUGCAAAGCAGUCGCACCAGUUUUAUAUGUGUUUUGCUUAAUAUAGACAUGUAUUAGCUCUCAUACUACAAGGUGUGUAGACAUAUCGGCAGAAGCCCUCUUAACUAAGAAACAAAUAUGAGCUCAUUUAGAAGCAAGGGCUUUACUGAAAUACUCGUAAGAUAGUGAGUGUCAGAAAACUUAGUUGCAUUACAGUCGGCACUUGUGUUUUUAUUUGUAUAUUAUAUUUGUUCCAUUUGUAUUUCUUGCAAAGAGCCAGGCAAAAUUAAGUUUCACCAGUAAUCUAGUCGUAGAUUAGUUAUACUUCAUCUUCAGAAUGUAACAGGUCAAACAUUACAAAUGUUACAUCAUCAUCUGUCUUGUCUAUCUGUUCACAGCAGAAUAUAAAGGUUCAACCAUCAUCCAUUGAGAUUAUUAUAUUGGUGUAUUAGAAAUGCCGGGUAUGUUGUGUGUGCAUGUGUGUGUGGGUGUUUGUGCAUGUGUGUGUGUGCGCGUGUGUGUGUGUGUGUGUGUGUGUGUAAAUAUAUAUAAAUUUGUAGCUAGUCCUCUUUUUGAGGUUUCUUAUUUUAAUAUAAUUAUACUGACAAACUCUUGAUGUAAAUGUACACAUAAGCAAUGCAUUCUGGAGAUUUUUUAAUUUAUUUUGUUUAAAUUGACAGAUGUUUCAGCAGGAAAGAGAAAAUAUUUUAGUGUGUCUGCCUGAAUGUAUAACUUGAUGUUGCCCUACACUGGCUGCCCAUGAGGCCUACUUGAUAUAGCUGUUGCUCAGAAAUUUGCAAACUGUCAUUUUGGAAAGGGAAAAAAAGAGUUGCAACCUGUAAAUAUAUUUGAAAAUUUGAAGGGGUUAGUAGAUUUGUAGGUCAGGUCAUUGCACAUGAUAAAACUGCAACAGGAAAGGUGUCUUCACAAGCUGAUCUGCAUUUUUAUAAAACAAUAUGAAUGAAAUAGUAGCAUUAAGUUUUUUAGUUUAUUCGGCCCCCCCCCCCCCUCUUCAUACUCUGUACUACUGAAAAUAUUCACUCAUAUGUCCCCAUUAAUGUUUAUAAAAUGUGUGCCAAUAAAAAUCAUUAUAUUGUUAAGGAUAAUUAGUAACAUUCUUGCUUCCAUUUUGUGAUGAUAAAAUAAUAUAUGAAUGAGUACAAGGAUUGGUGUUCAGAUAAAAAAAAUUAUCUAGAUAAUGUUAUUUCUUGCCCAUUUGCGAUAGAAUAUGUUCUGUUUAUCGUACAGGUGAUUUCUGUCAGUAAUGGAACAUAUAAAUCUAUUUUACAUUUUUGAAAUGUAUUUAAUGUUCCUAAGAGAUACAUUUGUACAGCCAUAUUAACAGAGAUCCAUAGUUUUGAUAAAUGAACUAUUGAAUAUGCAUUAUUUACACACAUUAGCAGAUCAGUGGCUUUUAUUGCUAUAAUUUGCUAUAAAAAUUAUAUUUGUUAAUGCAAGAUUUAUAAAAUAACUGAAUGAAACCUGUUUUUGCAACUACAUAUGUAUUUUUUCUUUCUUUUUUUUUUUACUGUUUGCCAGUAAUUAAAUUUCUCAGUAAUUGGUAAGUGUGGA